ACCUUGUACUGUCUGUGUUCCGUUACAGUCGAUGGUUCCUCCUUUACGCCACCAUACUAAUGUUUGUUUUAGAGGAGGAGUUGAGUCAGUUAAAGUCGUAUUAAAACGGCGGUGUCAGUUUUGAAUCAAACCUUCUUGGAAUGACGAGCAGCUUUAAAUUUACUUCUCACCCGUGUAAGUGAUAGUUAGUUCGGACGGCCGUGAGGCGUGGAGAGACUGAAGGAGAUAGUCAUUUUCACCUGUGUUGCAAGAGGAACGCGUCUGCGCGUCGAAGUGCUUAUUAGUCAAAAUGAGGUACCUGGCAUUGCUGCUUCUGUAUGCUGUGGGGACCCUGUGCACAAGUGCGUUGUCCCAAACUCCUUCUUACGGGGAACGAGGAUCAGAUGUUGGUAUUAAAGUGUUUCAACAAGUCGUCCAUUCCAAGCCUCUGGACAAUGUGGUUCUUUCACCUCAUGGAGUGGCCUCUGUUCUUGGCAUGUUGCUACCGGGAGGUCAUGGAGAUACCCGCAAACAGGUCCUCAGCGCUCUGCGAUACAAGAAAAAUGGACCUUACAGAAUGUUGAGGAAACUGCACAAGACCUUGACUGCAAAGUCCAACCAGGAUGUUGUUCUCAUUGCCAACGGGAUAUUCAGCAAAGAGGGCUUCCCCAUGCAAAAGACCUUUGUGGAAACCAACAAGGCAAACUUCCAAGCUGAAACCAGAAGCAUGGACUUUAGUGACCCCAAAGGGGCAGCAGACCAGAUCAAUGCAUGGGUCAGCAACAAAACAAGAGGUCACAUCACAAAGCUGAUCAAAGCUGAUAUGCUGGAUUCUGCCUUGGCCCGCUUGGUCAUUAUCAACUCAAUCUACUUCAAAGGCUUAUGGAAGUCACGCUUCCAGUCUGAAAACACCAAGAUGAGGCCAUUUGCUGAUGGCAAUGGCAAUGUAUUUAAAGUUCCUAUGAUGUCCCAGCUAUCAGUCUUCAACAUUGGCAUAGCCACCACUCCUCAGGGGGUGAAAUAUAAGGUGAUCGAGCUGCCCUAUCACGGCAACACUAUUAGCAUGCUGAUUAUUCUACCUACUGAAGUGGAUGUGCCUUUGUCACAUGUCAUCCCACAUAUUAACACUGCUACGGUGCGGAGUUGGAAUAAGCUGAUGCACAUGCGAAAAGUGCACCUUUUUUUCCCCAAGUUCACUGCUGAUGUUGAGGUGGAUUUAAAGACCCCCUUGUCAGCGCUUGGUAUAACAGACAUGUUCAGUCAGGACAAAGCUGACUUCAGGCACCUGAGUUCAGAGCCUGUAUAUGUUUCGAAAGCCCUCCAGAAAGCCAAAAUUGUGGUGAACGAAGAUGGCACAAAAGCAGCAGCUGCCACUGCUGCAAUUUUGAUGGCUCGGUCCUCUCCUCCUUGGGUUUCAGUGGACAGACCAUUCCUCUUCCUCAUCCAACAUAAGCCAACUGGUACACUCCUAUUCAUAGGCCAAAUCAACCAACCCUGAAGUCAGUGUCUAAUGUUCAGACCUCCUAGUGGAAGAACAGGAAUUGAUUGUUUUCUUGCAUGCUUACAGACGAGGAUAUACAGUACACUUUGCUGUAGAUGGUAUUAGUUUUAUUGCCUUUUAUUGUCAGGGGGAAUAAAAAUGGUCCACACAUGUUUCUUCAAUUUAUUAUUUGUUUUUAUGCCUGGUACACCUAAUGGUACAUUUGUUUAGAGAAAUAUAAUAAACACAACAAAAAAGCUCUUGAGAGUUAAAGAGCAGAGAAUAGAUCUAGCUUUUUUCCAUGUUUUUCUUGAUAAUAGCCAAAAUUAUUUAUGUUCUUAAGUCAAUCGCUAUUGCGUUGUAGUGACAAACACUCUGCCUUCAGGCGUUUUUUUGUGAGUAACAUUUUAGUAGUACCAGAUAUAAAAAUGAACAAGAAAUUGAAGGAAACAAAGUGGUCUAAUAACUCUUCCAUGACUGUAUAUUAGUCAUUUUCAGAAAUGCGUUUUGUACUUUCAUUUUCAGCUUUUUAUUUUUUAUUUUUUACAUGUUGAAUUUGUUUUUAAUGGACUUUGAAUGUCAUUUGUGUAUUUUAUUAACUCUGGAGUUGCAUAAAUUGUUUACUAAUAAUUUGUAUUUUCUGACCGCCACCCUUCAUUUCAAUAAAUAUCACUCCAGUCGUUCUUAA